AUGCCACCGAAAAAAUCUAAUCUCAACAACGUGAGCAGCAGAGAGGCACGACGCAAACGUGUUGAAAGAGCUCAUCAGUUGCCAGAACAAGUCGAUACAAGAAAUACGGUUCAAAGAAUUAGGACAGCAGAAGGUUGUGCACAAAAAUCUCAAGAACAGUGUAGCGAACGUCUGCAACAGAAUAUUACGAGAACAAGAGCGGCACGAGAACGAAACAUAGCUACAGUACGAGCACAAGAACGACAAAGGCAACGGAUCAGCCGCUCAUUAAUACGUACAUCAUUUGUUCGUCUUGCUUUUGAAUAUGCACCAGAUAUUAACUACUCUGCGCAUUCAAAAAUUGCUAUCGGUGGAAUGGAUAAAGUAUGUCAAUAUUGUCAGGCGUUGAAAUUUCGAAAUGAAGCUGCCGGUAUGUGCUGCGCAGCAGGAAAAGUCGUGCUGUCACCUCUACCCGCUCCGCCAGAACCUUUAUUAUCCCUUCUUGCUGGGAAUUCAGAUGAUUCAAAAUUAUUUUUGCGUAAGAUACGCAAAUUUAAUUCUUGCUUCCAAAUGACGUCAUUUGGGGCAACUAAAAUUUGCGAUCUUGCAUCCGAUGGACGUAAUUUUGAAACUACAUUCAAAAUACAAGGCCAGGUGUACCACAAAAUUGGAUCAUUGAUGCCAAUGCCUGAUGAUAAUCCGAAAUUUCUUCAAAUUUAUUUUAUGGGCAAUUGUGAAGAGCGCGUAACUACUCGGUGCCAGUAUAAUUUCAUUGAACAAGCAGAGGAAAGAGCAAUUGUGAUAUUACUGGAAAAUUUUUUAGAAGAUCAGAAUCAACUACUUCAAUUAAUCAAAAGAGUUUCGCCACGAUUGCAAAAUGACAACUAUCAAAUCGUCAUAAAAGCCGAUAAAGUACCAUUAGGUAUACAUGCUGGUAGAUUCAACGCUUCAACUGUUGAUGAGGUUGCUGUUAUCAUGGUUAGUCAUCCAGUUGACAAAAUAUCUAUAAAAAUUACACGGCGUGACAACACUAUCAGUACGAUUUCGGAUCUACACCGUUCAUAUGAUGCACUACAAUAUCCAUUGAUAUUUUGGCAAGGACAGGAUGAAUAUCACUUUAACAUCAAACAGUGUGAUCCUAAUACCGGUGAUUAUGGAAAUAAAAAAGUGAGCUCAAUGGACUACUACGCACACCGAAUAAUGAUUAGACUAAAUCAGGACAAUUAUAUCCUUCGAUAUCGUCAGCUAUUCCAUCAAUACAUUGUUGAUAUGUAUGCUAAGGUUGAAAGCGAACGCUUGCGAUUCAUUCGAUUCAACCAGGCUAAAUUACGAUCGGAAGAAUAUAUUCACUUACGAGAUGCUGUUGCUGGAAACUUCGACGGAAAUUUAAAUCCUAAUGACAUCGGUAAUGCUUUCAUUUUACCUUCAAGCUACAUCGGCAGUCCACGGAACAUGCAGGAAUACAUGCAAGACGCGAUGCCUUACGUACGUCAUUACGGCCGACCGGAUUUGUUUAUUACAUUUACAUAUAAAAUCCGUCCAGAAGAAAUUGAUCAAAUAAUUUCAGCUGAAAUUCCAGACCCAUUGAUUGAUCCAGAAUUAUUUGAUGUUGUCACUAAACACAUGAUCCAUGGGCCAUGCAGUGCUUUUAACAUCACGUCACCAUGCAUGGAAAAUAGAAAAUGUAAGAAAAAUUUCCCAAAGCCGCAUACGAAUGACACUAUCAUGGAUAUUGAUGGUUAUCCUAUAUAUCCCCGCAGAAAUACUAAGAAUGGUGGCCACACAUUUACAAUGCGACUGUCGAAUUAUCCAAAUCAAGCAGAAUUUGAUAAUCAGUGGGUGGUACCAUAUUCACCAUUACUUUCAAGAACUUAUAAAGCUCAUAUCAACGUUGAGCUUUGCAGUUCUGUAAAAUCAAUUAAGUACAUUUGUAAAUAUGUAAACAAAGGCAGUGAUUUGGCCAUAUUUGAAGGACAAAACAUAAAUAAAAAUGACGAAAUAGCACGAUACCAAAUGGGUAGAUACAUUAGCAGCAACGAAGCUAUUUGGCAUAUUCUCAGCUUUCCCAUACACGAAAGAGAUCCUUCUGUCCAGCAUCUAGCAAUACAUCUUGGAAACGGUCAACGUGUAUACUUCACUGAAGAGGAUCUUCUCCAAAGAGCGUUCGAGGCCCCAAAAACGACACUAACUAAAUUUUUUACAUUGUGUCAAAGAUUUGAUAUUUUUGGCCGAUUCGCAAAGACAUUGCUAUAUGGUGAUGUUCCGCGUUAUUUCACAUAG